AUGCCAUCCGAGAAACCUUACUCGUGGACUGAUCGUACCGGCAACACUUAUCACUACUUCGAGAAUCCUAUAUGGGUCGCUUGCAUAUUCAUACUAAUGCAAGAAUUCUGUGAGAGAUUGGCGUUUUAUGGCCUUACUCCCAACCUGCAGCUCUUCCUCAAGGAGUAUCUUAACUAUCCGGAUACGCAAGCCGACUCGUACAUCUCUACCUUCAAUGCUGUGCUGUAUGUAACGCCACUUCUGGGAGGUAUUCUGGCUGACACUUUUACAGGAGUCUACUUCACUAUUCUUGGCUUCUCGCUCCUCUAUAUGCUGGGCCUAAUUAUUCUCACCCUCUCAUCAGUUCGGUCAAUCAGCGAGCCUUGGAUGAUACAUCUCUCACUGUUGGGGCUCAUCACGGUCGGCGCUGGUGGUAUCAAAAGCUGCGUUAAUGUUAUGGGUGCGCAGCAAAUGCACCCGGAGGAACACAAAGAGUUGAUUACGCGAUUUUUCACUUAUUUCUAUGCUUCUAUUAAUUUGGGUGCCAUUAUUGGAGGAAUCGUCACACCAAUUUUGCUGCAGCAAGUUAAUUUCACGGCUAGCUUUGCCUUCCCAUUAGCCUUCUUUGUGGUGGCUACUAUAGUAUUCGUUCUGGGCGAUUUCAUGAAUCGCUAUGUUAAGGCUAAGCCGCAAGGAUCUGCUGUGUUAGAGGUAUGUAAGGUAACGGCAUUUUCCAUUGCUCGGUGCUCUGUAAACAAGAACAAGGAAAGCCAGGGAGGAAAAUUUAAAGAUGAUUUUAUUGAGGACACGAAAGUAUUCUUUUAUUUACUACCAUUAUUUGCUCUAAUUAUCCCUUUCAACAUGGCAUACAAUAACAUGACUACUGCAUUCCUCACUCAAGGAUUUAAGAUGGACCGUAACACUUUCGGUUGGGAUAUGCCAGCGGCUCUGAUGCAGAACGUGGAUCCUAUAGCAGUCGUAGUGGUCUCUGUUUUGGUGGACAGAGUGCUCUAUCCCUGGCUGCGUAGACAUGGUAAGAUGCCACCAGUGUUGGGGCGAUUCUGUAUUGGUUCACUACUGGGUGGGUUGGCUCUGGUUUCUGCUCUAAUUGUGGAGUAUGUUGUCAUGGCUGAGCCUUUAUUCACCGUCUCUAUCUGGUGGCAGAUCCCUCAGUUCUCCCUGAUAGCUGCUGGUGAAAUUUUCCUCAUCUCGACGAGCUAUGAAGUUGCCUUCACGCACGCCCCGCCAGAGCUCAAGGCCGUUGCCUCAGCUGUUAACCUAUGUUUCAUGGCAAUUGCUAACAGUCUAUCGGCAGUACUCUUCCAAGUCGCCUCUCCGUGGCUUCCCAACUUCGAUCUCGACCAUCCUCAUGAGUCAGUUGUCGGCGCCCAUUAUGACUAUUACUACUACGUGCUCAUAGGCUUAUGCAUUGUGGGUGCUGUCUGUUGUUUGCUUAUGUUACCCUACUAUCGUCGUGUUUACGCUGCUGUUAUUGCUCGACAAAAACCAGAUUCACAACUAAUUGCAGAUGACAGCAAGCAGUGAUGCACUUGAGUCCCAGCGAUGAAAUAAAAACAUAACAACUUGAUAACUUGAAAUAACGAGUCUUGAAAAUAAUCGUCUUCCAUGCAUUCCUCUCGAGCUGCGAAAGUCAAUAGGAACUGACGUUUACAUUUAGUUCGUGACUGAAUGGCUAAUUCUUUUAUGCUCAAGCAUUCUUGUUAUCAUCAUUUCUGUCGUUGUCUUCGUUGCUGUCGUUAUCGUCGUUGUUAUCAUCAUCGCUGCAAUA